UUCUACUGAAAGCACCGCUGCGUGUUCACAGGGAAACACGGGAUGUGACUCGGACUCGAACACAAGGCUUUCAUCCAGACUGUGGGAAGUUUCCUGAAAGCCCGUGACAUGCGCUGCGCGUGAGCGCGGUUUGAUUGUCCACCGGAGAGCAGCUCGGUGUGUCGCGUCGGGAAAAGUCCAGCGUUACAUCCGGCCAUUUAGGAACACACCGGAGAGGAACGGGUCUGGAGCUCAGUCGCUUUACUGUGCAAACUAACGUUUUGUGUGUCUGCAUCAAUGGCAAGAAAUUUCUUUCAGGAAAAUGGAACUUAUUUGAGGAGGAUGGAACCACCGAGAAAAGCCACUUGGUCACCAGAAAAUGGGAUUACACUGAAAAGGAAACGUUCAUGCUGUUCCGGCCUAAAAAUGUUCCUCGUAGCAUUGUCCUUUGCAUACUUUUCAAAGGCUUUAUCUGGGAGCUAUAUGAAAAGCACAAUAACUCAGCUGGAGCGGCGCUUUGACAUCCCCAGUUACUUAGUAGGCAUCAUUGAUGGCAGCUUUGAAAUAGGUAACCUGCUGGUUAUUGCCUUUGUCAGUUACUUUGGUGCCAAGCUUCAUCGACCAAAAAUCAUUGCCAUUGGGUGUCUUCUGAUGUCACUGGGGACAUUCCUAAUUGCACUCCCUCAUUUUAUAAUUGGACGAUACAAGUUUGAAACAUCAGUUAGAUCUUCAGUGAACUCGACACAUAACGUCACACCAUGUCCAGCCAGUCCACCUCGAAUGCUGCCUGUGGGUAACCACCCCUCUACAGCGUUAAACACAGGUUGUGAAAAUGAGUCCAAGUUAUCCAUGUGGAUCUAUGUAUUACUGGGGAACAUUUUGCGUGGAAUUGGUGAAACUCCAGUACAGCCUUUGGGAAUUUCAUAUAUAGAUGAUCAUGCUCCAGAUGACAGUGCUGCUUUCUACAUUGGGUUUGUUCAGACAAUUUCGGUCAUUGGCCCAGUGUUUGGCUACCUGCUUGGAUCUCUCUGUGCAAAGUUAUAUGUAGACAUUGGAUUUGUCAACAUGGAGGGUAUUACAAUCACACCAGGAGAUGCACGCUGGGUGGGCGCAUGGUGGCUGGGCUACCUUGUAGCAGGGCUCAUCACACUGUUGUCAGCUGUGCCUUUGUGGUUCAUGCCCAAGUCCCUGCCUGUGUUAGAGGGUCAAUUGUCCAAGUGCCCCCCUGAGCAGACCAACUUUAUCCAAGACUGCCACAAGUGCCAGGCAGAUGAGGCCACCAGCUUUGUAGAAUUGGCCAAAGAUUUUUUGCCAACACUGAGGUCACUCCUGGGGAACCCUGUCUACAUUUUGUACCUGUGUAUAACAAUCAUCCAGUUUAAUUCUUUAAUAGGCAUGGUCACAUAUAAACCAAAAUACAUAGAGCAACAUUAUGGGCAGUCAGCAUCCAAAGCCAACUUUUUGAUGGGAAUAAUCAACAUCCCAGCCGUUGCCUUAGGAAUGUUCUCAGGGGGAGUGCUUAUGAAGAAGUUUAAGUUGGGCAUCAUGGGAGCUGCCAAGUUUGCACUGGGAACAUCUCUGUUGGGCUACUUCCUUUCUCUGUUCUUCUUUGCCUUGGGUUGUGAGAAUGCCAAAGUGGCUGGGAUCACUGUGUCAUACGAUGGGAUAGAGAAUAUCUCUAUUGAGGAGAGCUCACUAUUUGUGAGCUGUAAUGCAGACUGUCUGUGCUCAGAGACCGAAUGGGACCCGGUGUGUGGUGAGAAUGGUCUCACGUAUGUCUCUGCAUGCCUGGCUGGGUGCCGGAUGUCUCGUGGCUCUGGAGUGGACAUGAUGUUUGAGCAGUGCAGCUGUGUGGCAGGGGGAAAUCUAACCGCCUAUUUGGGGCAGUGUAAACAUAGGGAGAGCUGCCAGCAAGUAUUCCCCUAUUUCCUUGCUUUGUCUGUCAUCACUUCCUUUAUCAUCUCCCUGGGUGGAACACCAGGAUACAUGCUACUAAUCAGAUGUAUCAAGCCAGAGCUGAAGUCCCUCGCUUUAGGAUUUCACACCCUGACAACACGCACUCUAGCUGGCAUCCCAGCUCCAAUAUACUAUGGAGCAAUCAUUGACACCACGUGUCUGAAAUGGGGCCAUAAGAAGUGUGGAGGAAAAGGAGCAUGUAGGAUCUACAACACUACUGCCUACAGGAUUGCAUAUCUGGGCCUAACACUGGGCCUCAGGACAGUUUCCUUCUUCCUCUGUGUUCUGGGCUUGGUGAUCUUACAAUGGCAUGUCAAGAGGCAGAAGACCAGAACACUCUCUAAUGGAAGCACCAUCACAGAACUGCAAGCUCUGCGAAAAGAGGAAAUCAGCAACUCACAUCAGUCCCCAAGGACCUCAGACUAUGACCCUGAGAGGGAGACACACUUGUGACAAUACUUUUAUUUGUAGAGUGUGAAAAAAAUCUACUGAACAAUGUGAAGUACAGAACAUUGCUAUUUUGACAUUGAAAUAAGUCACAAAAUGUACAUGAUUGUAGGUAUAAAAAUUUGGGGAAGAUUUCUUUCUAUCUUAAUUAUUUCAAUGUUGUUAAUUGUGGAAAAGCUUUUUACCAGGAAAGCAAAAGUCUUAUUUUUGUCUGUAUUUUUCUAAAUACUAAAUUGAAUAUACUGUCAUGUGAGUGUAC